AUGAGGGCCAGUGAGAGCUGCUGCUCUUCAUACGAGCAGCAGCAGCAGCAGCAGCAGCAGCAGCAGCAUUGCUGCGGGGGCCACUCUCACUCGCCGAGCAGCAGCGCAGCAGCAGCAGCAGCAGCAGAUGCUGCUGCGGACGCCGCAGCACCGGCAGCAGCAGCAGCAGCAGCACCCUCAGCAGCAGCAGCAGCAGCAGCAGCAGCAGCAGCUUAUUCUUUCUGCAGAUACGAAGCAGACACAAUUGGAAAACGCCUCGACGAUUUGCUGAAAAGAGAAAACCUGAAAACCCUAAUUCCGAGUGCAGCAGAAAGAGCAGCGAGGGUUUACAACAACGUCAUCCAAAAAGGAAAAAAAGACGGCCUGAGCAUGGAAAAGGGAAGUGCCGAUGAUUUGCAUUUGCACGAAGAGAUUUUAAAAGAGGCUUUAGUCCGCGAGAUUCAACUCAAAGUGGCUCACGAGAUGCGCCAAGAACAACUCCUAGACAGCCGCGAAGGAGGCUUGCUGGCGAACCCCUCUGCGUACGACGAGGGCCCCCUGUGUUUCUUAAAGCCUGAAACCAUUAGGGACUUGAUGGUUGAUGGCGUUGCAGUGCAGCAAGGGUUUAUAGGCGAAGAA